AUGGUUCCGGGAGAACUGAUGACUUGCGCUAAGUACCUCGAAACGGACUGGGCCGAGGAAUGGAGGCUUGAGCAUAUCGAAACUAAUCGAACCGCCGAUCGCCCCUUGAAUUGUGUAGUGCUCUGCAAGAUGACCGACGUCUCCCAAAUACUGGAAGGUGGACCCCUCCAGAUUCCUUUGAUCGUUCCUCACGAGUGGAAUCCUACAGAACGAACAUUGCGACUGGACGACUACCUGACCUAUCUAAGCACCAAAGACACCAUCGAAUACCACGAUCCACUACAAGAUAUUGUCAUCGAAGGGAAAUCUCCCAUGCCACGAGCUGAUCCAGCUCCAAUCGUGGUCCAAAAGCUAAAGAAUGCCACGAUUCAUAACCCAGUCAAUCUCCUGAAUCUAAAUCGUUUCAAACAGAAUGCGGUUCCUGCUGGAUUGGCUGACGUCCACCGCCUUCAUAUCCUUGAUCAUAUAUGGGAAAUUGGAGACAGCGGAAAGAGGAUGAUAGAAGAGCCUCGUGACCUCUCAUCAUGUACAGGCUUCCAGAUAUUAGGCUCUGCAGGUGCCUACAGCUCAUGGCACUGGGACCACGUUGGGGCUAUCACCACGAUCACGAGCGAAACCGGAGAGAAGUUAUGGCCCAGUCUCCCCCGUCUCACAGAUGCAGAGCUGGAGAAGUUUCAAGAAGAUUGGAGUAUCCCUGACGACAAACCUCCGAUCGCGAUUUUCCUCCGCGAAGGAGAUACGAUGAUACAACCACGUUGUCGACUACAUGCUCCCUACACGAUCUCGUUAGCACUCAUGACGGGUACCAUGCAUUGGGAUCCGAUGGAACUCAAUGAAGUCCUCAAAAAUAGCCUGUACGAAUUACGCCAUGAUAUCACCAAUGAGGAUCCCCCCAAGGAAAUGAGGGCAAAACUUCAGGUAAUCCUGGACAUGAUUCAGUCAAAUCGAGGGGGGAAGCUGUACAAAUGGAAAGGCGGUAAUAGUCGUGACGAGCUUCAAGAAUUGGCACAGCACCGCCUUGCAACUGCAGACGGCAGAACUGCGAUGAAACAUGUAGAUGUUGUAAAGCAGGGCUAG